AUGCGACUGCUGUGCGGUUUGGGCGCCGGUGUGUGCGAAGCCAUAUUCGCCGUCACGCCUAUGGAGACCGUGAAAGUGAAGUUCAUUAACGACCAGAACAGCGCUAAACCCAAAUUCAAGGGCUUCGCUCACGGGGUGCGCGAGAUUGUCCGCGAACAGGGCAUACGCGGCACAUACCAGGGCCUCACCGCCACGAUCAUCAAACAGGGCUCCAAUCAGGCCAUCAGGUUCUUCGUGAUGGAGACGCUCAAGGAUUGGUAUAGAGGGGGCGACCCUACGAAGCACGUGAAUAAGCUGGUGGUCGGCGGGUUCGGUGCGAUAGCCGGCGCCGCCUCUGUCUUUGGGAAUACGCCCGUCGAUGUGGUGAAGACCCGUAUGCAGGGCUUGGAUGCGGCCAAGUAUAAGAGUACAUUGGACUGCGCCCUACAGAUCGCCAAGAAUGAGGGCUUUAAGGCGUUUUAUAAGGGAACGGUACCCCGGCUGAGUCGCGUGUGCCUCGACGUGGCCAUCACUUUCAUGAUUUACGAUUCAUUUAUGGAUCUCUUCAACAAAGUGUGGAAAACGUAA